AUGGAUCCCACCUUGGCAAACUUACUGAUGUGUCCAAUCUGUUAUAGUCAAGCUCAAACACCCGUCUACCAAUGCACAAACGGGCAUAUAGUAUGUUCCGACUGUAGAUCACGCAUAACAAAUUGCCAUACGUGCAGAGAACCUUUAGGUCACAUACGCAGUUUAAUCGUUGAACAAAUUCUCCGCACUAUGCAAGCUCCCUGUUCUUUUCUUCCCUUCGGAUGUCCCGAAGUACUCCGUGAGGCAGAUCGUCAACCGCAUGAAGAAAUAUGUCUCUUCCGACCUAUUCCUUGUCCUUUCCACACAUCUCCCUGUACCUGGGAAGGGGCCCGAUCACAUCUUCCUAACCAUCUUUUAACGGUACAUCCACAAAUACCUAAACUCACCCAAAAUACAAUCUUCUUUGGUGGAGUAGACACUCAGAUAACUGGCGGUACCUGGGCCGCUAUGUUAGAAUGCUAUUCCCAAAUAUUUCUAGUCAAGAUGGCGGAAGACACUGAAUGGUGGAAUUCACCCUCACCCACUCCAUCCCAAUCCCUUCCCUCGGAAGCCAACACCUCUCUCGAAGUUGACCCCGGAGCGCUUCGAACAGCCAUACAAUUCGCCCGGUUAUUACAACAUCGGCCACAAGCUCUUCCUAUCACGCUUAUUUUACCAAUCAACUAUACCUGCCCUGCCCACAUGCAACCAGCCUUUCACAAUAUCAAUCGUCAUUUAUCUCAAUCUGAUACCAUUGAGGAUAGNGCAUGUAACGGUUUAGUUGAAAGAUUUAACAAAACUCUCAUCGAUAUUAUAUCGCACUAUGUUGCCAAGGAUCAAAGAGAUUGGGAUGAAUGGAUCCCCAAUGCAUUAUUUGCAUAUAAUACCACAGUGCAUGCCUCCACAAACGACAGCCCAUUUUUCUUAUUAUAUGGAAGAGAUCCUACUUAUCCCUUUGACCUUGUUACUCAUCCUACACGAACUAGGUACGAUGUCGAAGAAAACUUUGCCUCGGAGCUACGCCUUCGAAUGGCUAAUGCCCAUCAACUAGCACACCAACACGCAGAACAAGCUGCUAAAGAACGCCAACAACAACACCGUCGCACUUAUAAAUCAUCCACCUAUCAGGUGGGUGACCGAGUUUUCCUUAAUGAGGUCAGUUUAUCUCCAGGUUUAAAGAGAAAAUUGGCACCAAGGUGGUCCGGUCCUUUUCGAAUUAUAACUGCACUGAGUCCAGUCACUUUUAUAAUUAAAAAUAUCAAAACGAAAAAAACCCUCCAAGUACAUGCCAAUCGAUUAAAACACGCCUUUGCCCAACAAGAACUUGAAGAAACAGAUAAUUCAAAUAAUUCAGAGCUACAACCAAUUCCCAAACAAAAAACCGUACCACAGUCUACCUCAAUCCCCAUCGAUCCCUGGGAUGAAAUUAUUCUUACAGAAAUACAACAACAAGCAGAAUUUGAACAAGGAGUAGAGGAAGAAUCAACGGCAGAAGAAGAAUCCAUAGAAUUAGCAACUGAACCCAAAGUAACUCCCCCACCUCCUUAUGCAUUGAGAAGUCAGGGACCGGUGGAGGAACGACCUUGGAUCCUUCCCACUCCUCGACGAAGUCGAAUUCCUAAACGGAAGGCCAGCCUGCCUACCGAGGGAAAUAAUACUCAACCAAAAUUAACUAAACGAGGGACACAACUCUAGGCAAAAAGAAAAAAAACAAAAACAAAAAAAAAACAGAAGGAGAGAGAGAACUUUAACUAUAAUCAUAAAAUUCCCGUAAUAUCUAAUUUUAAUAUAAUAAUCUAGACGAUUUGCUUACAUGACUUCCCAUCUAAUUCCUCCUCCUUCCUUUAUUCAGAGUUCUACAUCUGAUCAACCAUGAUCAUACGACUCUUCCUCCUUCUCUCAACAAUUUAUGCUUUUCAAGAAGAAGAACCGGGAAAAAAAACUUAUAACAUGCAUAAGGGUGUAGUCUUUGUGCACCAGGGAAACUUCUUUAUGACUACGAAUUAUUGGAUUCUCAUUUCGGACAUCUCUUUUGAUAGAUAUGACGAACAAGUACAUCUUUUGAAACGACACAUUCAACUCUUAAUUACUUUAAUACAACGACAACUACGGAAUCCCGAGCAAGAAAACCUUUUUGCGCCGCGAUGGACUCUAUCUGCAAAUGAACUCACCCUCUUAAAGGAUACGCUGGAAGAAUAUCAAUCUGAAUAUACUGAACUAAAAACCCUAGUCACACUCAACAACUCCACGAGAGGAAAACGCGGCUUGAUAGAUGCCGGAGGUAAAGUUUUAAAAUA